UUUCCCGACCACACCUCUGUGGAGUGACCGCAAAAAUGGAAUAUGAGGAGGCAAAUGAAGAGGUCAAACAUGCAGGAGUUGGCGAUCAAGAUGCUAAGGUCACAGAUGCAGUUGUUACUGAGCAGGACAAUGAAGAUGAAGAAUGUAGUGAUAUAGAGUCAGAAGAUAAAUAUGGUCUACAACGGAAGAUAUUUGUUGGAAAUGUUGGAUAUUGGGUCAGUUGGCAACAGCUGAAAGAUUUCUUCUCCAAAUUUGGAACAGUUACAUACACCCACAUAGUGAAGGACCACCUGAAGAAGAGGCCUAGAGGGAUAGCGUUUGUGUCAUUCGCCACUGAGGAGGAGGCAGACAGCGUUCUCCAAGCAACAAGGGAAGAGCUGGAGUUGGAAGGGAGGAAUUUACGUGUGCACAGAGCAGAAGAAUCUAAGAGAACAACUUUCAAGAAGUUCACCGGAAUCCCUGACCUUACUACUCAAGAUGAAGAUGCAGCCAAGUCCACAGUUCCCGAGACCAACAGACAUCCUGACCCCAUGAUGCAGUCUGGUGCUGGGACGCAGGUCAAUGACCUUUGUGAUGACCUUCUGCUGAACAUCAUGACCUUCCUGUCUAUCAAGGGGCGGAUAACCCUAGAGAGAGUGUGUCAUCGCUGGCGCCAUCUUAGCCUCCAGUCCUGGUCCACAUUGAAGUCGGUUCACUUCAGGAAUAUGUUCAAGAGAUUUGGAGGUGUGACAGACAAAAUGCUGCACUCGCUGCUACAGAGGUGCGGAUCCAACCUCGUGUCCCUGGAUCUGUCUGCGUCUCCCCGACUACUCACCGACUACGCCCUGGACAUUAUAGGUCACUUUUGCCCUAACCUGACCUACGUGGACCUAUCGGGCGUGGCAGUCACCAACAAAUCACUCAAGAAUCUCAGCACCGAGUGCAGGAAACUGAAGGUGAUAAAACUACAAAGAUGCAUCCAUGUUGGAGAGAAGGGUCUUUGGUGGGCCCUCCAUCACUGCAAGGAGCUUGAGCUGAUAGAUAUGGAGUCCAACAGUAAUAUCACUGGCAAGUGUUUCCACAUGGCCGGGCCGAAGAUAAGAACCCUCCAUCUGACCGGAUGCAGCUCACUGAGCGACACUGCUAUCUCCAAGUUGGCAGAGUUAUGUCCCCUUUUGGAGGAGCUGCACCUUCAGUCCAGUAUCCGCCUCACGGACAGCGCCAUCGAGAUACUCGGCACGAGUUUUCCAAAUAUGACAGUCUUGGAGGCAACAGGGUCGUAUCCAGAAACAUCUCUGGAGUGUUGGAGUGCACUGGGACACUCCGCUAACCUGGUUGAGCUGGACCUGUCACAGAACAUCGCCGUGGGGGAUGCCGCCCUCGCUGCCAUCUCUGUUGGCUGUCUGCAGCUCAGAAUACUGGACAUUAGCAGCUGUCAUUGGAGCGUGACGGAUGCCGGCAUCCAGACCUUGGCCCAGCUCCCUGUUCUGGAGAAUCUCUCCAUUAGCUACUUGCACAUGAUCCAUGAUGAGAGUCUUGAGCUGAUUGCCAUCAAUGGCCGCCUCCGGAAGCUGACGGCUCGAGCCUGUGGAGGACUCACAGACCGGAGUUUUACGAGUGUAGCUGAACAUUGUUCCCGGCUGGUUCACCUCGACAUCAGCGGCAACAUCCACAUGACCAACACCAUCCUCAUCGCCUUCAUCAACGUUGUGGGGGUGUCCAGCAGGAGGAUUGUCCUGCAUGCUGGAGGAACCAGCGUGGUGCCGGAGAGCGUCUCGGUGCCGUCAGGUCUGGAGGUCAACCUGAUGGAUCUGUCCAUGUACCACCUCCGCGCUGACCGAGAGUUGCUUCUCCCAGAGCCAUAUGAAGAGGAUGUAGAGGGGGACUGGGACCUGGACGUGGAGGACCGACCCGACCCUGCAGGUAAUUUCAAGCCGGCAGGAGAUGAGGUAGGAGAAUGCAUGUGGGAGGAGGAUGAGAGGGGACAGUUUGACGACCUGUGUCACAACUUUCUAGACAACGACGACCCCCUCAAUGAGGAGUUGUGGGACCUUGGGUGACCGUUGCCAUGGUGAUGUUGUCAACCCAGGAAUCGGCAUCUAAGCCAAGACAUUUCACUGGCCAGUCUCUUAGCAUCAGAAACACAUAGGAUGGUGCUACGCAGGAGUUAUUUCUCACAGUGUUGCAGGCUUGGCAGACGUAACGCUGGACUUGGAGUUGGGGGCCAGUGGAUCAGUACUUGAAAACAGACCUCAGUACAACACUGACCAAGGGAGACUGGUACAGAUAUGGUCUUCUUAUUGAUGGAGACAAAUAAGAAUGGAGAUGUCAUUACACUCAAGAAGAUUCUGUGUUUAGUGAGUGAGUGAGUUGGGUUCACCCUACUUUGAACAGCAUGACAGUUAAAUCCAACGUGUCAGCUUAGUGUGGGAGGAAACCUGAAGUAAUGGAGGUCUCAGACAUUUACCACUUUGGUAAAACCCCAAAAUACGGGUAUAGUGCUGACAAACCUUGAAACAGAAUUGGGGCGAACCGGGAUUCGAACCCACAAUCAUAGGUUUCUUGCGUGCCCAAGGGACGCAACUCUGCACAGCGAAUCGUGGGGCCUUAGACGACUGGGGCAUCCAUGCCCCCGGAGCUAUGAGUAAGGGAACCUUUCUGAUUGGCUCUGAUCAAAGCGUUAGCUGGUAGUUGCUCCUCCAUUAUACAGAAAUAAAUAGAGUACUUAAUUUGUUCUCCUCCAAGACCACCAAUAAGCGGGCAUCCACUGAACUCGGCUUUUUAAUAUAAUGCCACUUGUCAAGCAUUGAUCACAGUCCUCUUCAUAAGAUGCGGGAAAUAAGAAAACUCAGUUUUUGUUUUCAAAAGUUACUGCCCUUGAUCUAUAUUCUUUUACUUUGUGCAUAGUGUGUACAAUAGGGACAAGUUUUCUCAGAAACUGCUGAAGUUACAUGAAUGAAUGUUUUCAUGCUUUUCUUAGAAAUACUUGCCAAGACUGAGUUCGAAAGUUGGUCCCAUAGGGCCUUUGAUCCAUGUUACUUUACUUGGUGCAUGUCAGUAAUGGGGUUUUCUCAGAAACUACUGACGUUAGCUUGUCUAAGAGAUACUUAUUCAUACUGAGUUAUUUUUUCCUGAGGGGCCAUUUGUGUGUAUUAAUCACAUUUAAAUAUUUUUUUCUGAUAACAUAAAGCUGCCCAAGUGCCUAUCUCUUUGUCAGGCUUUAUAUGACUAUAAAGUUUAUAUUCACUACUAUAUGAACAAACAAAAUUCUAAUGUGCCCCGUGGCGGGGAAUAGUGAUAACACUGUUUUCUUGUUAUGUAUGUGUUUAGUAAUUCUGUUAUAGGGAAAUGGUUUAUGACUGACUUACUAUUUCCUAGAUGAAUUUUCAGUUGUUUGUUUUAUCAGAUUAGUUGAGAGUACAGAUUAUAAGAUACUUACUUUCUUACUGUACUAAUUAUAUGAUGAAAUAGAUAUUUAAACUGAAAUAAAUCAUGUUAUUAUCUUUUA